CGUUAGGUUAAAAAAUCCGCCCCUUUAAAACACAAAAAAACAAAAAGAGCUCCUGGUUUCAAAUUUUUCAGUCGGUGCGGGACAUGGUGAGGGAAAACCUUGGAGUGAAAACACAUUCUGUCCUGCGACAAGACUCUCCGGAAGAAACACAAGGACCAAGGUCAUCAUGACGGCUUCCAAUCAUCGCCAGCUGGCUCCGGCUCGGUGCAGGAGCCCCUUUAACAACAUCAAGUUUUUUGUCUUCUGCCACGGCCUUCUCCAGCUGGGUCACCUUCUGUUGUCUGGCUACCUCAAGAGCUCCGUCUCCACUAUCGAGAGGAGAUAUGGCUUCUCCAGCCGGACCUCAGGCCUUCUAGUGGCCUUCAACGAGGUGGGGAACACGGUGCUGAUCGUGUUUGUCAGCUUCUUGGGGAGCCGGGUGCACCGCCCUAGGUUCAUCGGCGCCGGCGGGAUUAUCGCCGGUCUGGCGGGCCUCCUGCUGGCCCUGCCGCACUUCCUCAGCGGGCCCUACAAGUACAGCAACAUAGACAAUACUACAGAACUUUGCCUCAUCGGAAGCAGCCCUCACAAGGAACCCCAAAACUGCACGCAGAGGGAAGGCCAGGACCACCAGGCGGUAUUGCCCAUCAUGCUCCUGGGCCAGCUCCUGCUGGGCAUUGGCUGCGUACCCAUACAACCCUUCGGCAUCUCCUACAUAGACGACUACGCCGGCAAGAACAACUCCCCAUUGUAUCUCGGCAUAGUCUUAGCCAUAACGACGGCGGGUCCUGCAGCCGGGUUCAUUCUGGGGUCCCUGAUGCAACGUCUCUACGUGGACAUCGACAAGCCUGGUACGGUGGCGAGGUUGACCAAUAAUGAUCCCCGCUGGGUGGGUGCCUGGUGGCUGGGCUUCCUCGUUGCCGCUGGCUUCCUCUUCCUGGUCUCCAUACCCUACUUGUUCUUCCCUCGCGAGAUGCCGAAGGAGGAAAGCGCGGCGACCGAGCUGGAGCCGGAAGUGGAGUGCAAGGUCAAAGAGGAAGUGCCGAAAUCUGACCCCCUGAUGGACCUCUCGCUCGGCCAGUUCCUCAGAAGUUUUCCUAAAAUAGUACUGAGGACUCUGAAGAACCCGAUCUUCCUUCUGGUUGUUUUGGCACAAGUUAACCUAGCUGCCGUGGCUGCGGGUGUGGCAACCUUCAUGGCGAAGUUCAUCGAGAAGCAGUUCACAAAGACGACGUCCUUUUCAAGCAUCAUCAUAGGGGGCGUGAACAUUCCGGCGGCGACUCUGGGAGUCCUGCUGGGAGGGGCGGUGACGAAGAGGAUGCGCCUGUCCGUCAAGGGCAUGGGCCGGAUGUGCGCCGUCACCAUCGUCCUCGGCAUCCUCUUCGCAGUUCCCCUCCUCUUCCUCGGCUGUCCCUCGCAGAGCAUAGCGGGGAUUUACCCCUCCAGGCAGCAAGGACCCCUGAAGUGCAGCCAGAAUUGUGCCUGCGAGUUGGAAACCUUCGAUCCCGUGUGCGGCUCGAACGGGGUGGAGUACAGGUCACCGUGCAACGCCGGGUGCACCGUAAAAAUCGUGGAUUUCAGCAAGACGGUUAAAGUUGUGAAUUACACGGACUGCAGCUGCGUACGCGGGCCGGACGGGUCUCCGGGACACGCCGUUCACGGCAUGUGCGGCAGCCGCUGCUCCCACCUCUUCAUCCCCUUCAUCAUCAUGUCCACCCUCACCUGCUUCGUCCUGCCCAUCUUCCAGACCCCGUCCUUCAUGAUGAUCCUCAGGACAGUGAAGCCUGAGGAUAAGUCUUUUGCUGUUGGGGUGCAGUUCAUGCUAUUCAGAGUGUUGGCCUUUCUGCCAGCUCCGGUCAUAUACGGAAGUGCCAUCGACUCGGCGUGCAUCCUAUGGGGGAAGAAGUGCAAAAGCAAGACUUCCUGUCUUUACUACGACCUGGACAUGUUCCGACAGAGGUUCCUGGGCCUUCUGGCACUUUUCCUGUGUGGCGGGUUUUCCUGCAUACUGCUGGCCUACCUGGUCCUCCGACGGCAUCUCGCGAGGCAGCAGACUGAGCGGGAGAAAGGGGAAGACGCCAACGCGAACACUUCCAAACUUCUGCUGAGUGAAAGGAAGGGCAGUCCAUAAGAAUGUUGCUUUUUCUGUACUUCCUUCCAUCCAUCCAUCCAUCCAUCCCUUAUCAGGAGGUGCUGGAGCCUAUCCUAACAUGCAUUGGGCGAGAGGCAGUAAUACACCCUGAUUUUCCAGUCCAUCGCAGGGCACACACACCAUUCACUCAUGCACUCAUACCUAGGGGCAAUUAGCCUAACCUGCAUGUCCUUGGACUGUGGGAGAAAACCGGAAUACCUGGAGGAAACCCACGGAGGGGAGAACAUGCAAACUCCACACAGAAAGGCCCCAUGCUAGGAUUCAAACCCAGGCCCUUUUUCUCUACAACUUCUUAAAUACAAAUUCUGUAAAUUUCAGUUUUUUUUUUUUUGACAGCUCAACGUAACCGUGACAACUGAUGGAGAAUGUAGAUUCACAAACACUGACUUUGACUCAUUUCCCUAAACCUUUAACGAAUAAAUGCAAGUGCUGAUUUUUUUUUCCUUUCGCACAAUCAGUUUUUCAUAUUUAUCACUGCCGAACUCACUAGCCUGAGUUUGUGAAGAACAAAGAACAAACGCUUGCUUUUGUUUUUAAGUCAAAUGUUGGAACACAUGUUAAUUGACUGCAGAACACAGAACUGAAUACAAUAGAAUACCUUGUGUAUUAAUGCACCUGUGGCAAACACGCCUGCCACAGGCCACCGAAGUGGCUUUCCUUGGGGCCCUCCAGCACAGAGACACAGGAAGAUGAUGUUCCAACAGUCCAGAUUUAUUUUACGAGGGUUUGGCAAGAUGGUACAGCCAAAUGAGCAGAUCUUAAACCCUGUCAUGACAGAGAGCUUCCCUGUGUGGGUGGGGAUGGCAGAUUUAACCUGUGCGCAGUGAUUACCUCACUACGCACAGGUGCAGCCACUCCUGUUCCUGGGUCCAAUUAGCCUGGCCAAUUAUCUAAUUCUUAACCAAUUAUCCAAUUGGCCAGGUCUAAUUAGCUUGACCCAGGGCAGGUGUGGCAGCUUAAACCAGCCAUCCCCACACCACAGCACCGCUUUAACUUGUUAAUCUUUGAAACACCCUAUUUUCCACAUCUUACUGUAGAACAGUGCUGCCCAAUUCUGUUCCUGUGAAUCUUGUAGAUUUUCAUUUCAAUGCUAAUUUGGCACACCUGAUUGUACUAAUUAGUAACUGAACAAGAUCUCUCGCUGUUAAAUGAGGCAUGCUUUGUUAGAGUUGAAGUGAAAACCUACAGGAUGGUAGAUCUCCAGGAAUAGGACUGGGCAGCCCUGCUGUAGAACACCUAACAGACAGAGGUUCAGAAAGUGAAAGUCCUCCCCAGUAUUCUGUUCCAAUCACCUGAAUUUGCUAAUUGGCAUAAUUGUUAAGCCUGGAGGUAGUGAAAUCAGCUGGCUGAGCUCACGGGUGGAAGAAACACAUACCAAAACUUUUACUUUCUGACCCCUGGACUUUCCAUUUCUGCAACAGUUUUAUUGAAAAUGGGUUGCAUUACAGAAGGACUGAACAGAAACUAAAAAGCUCAAGCUCGUAAUGUGGACUGAAUUAAACCUUCCCCAAGCUAUA